UUCAUUGGUGACACUCUCAGACAAGUUUUUCUCAAAGUUUAAUGAAGAACUUACUAUGUUCAGACAGAAAAUGGGUUGGUCAGAGACGGUGAAGAAAAACAAGCUGUCUGCCACAGAUUCCGAGUUGCUGAAAGCGUUCAGGCAAGACUUAGCCAAAAUCAUCAGCGCUUUGCAAGCCGACGCUUUGGUAGAAAUGUUCCACCAGAAGUUCUCUGGUCAUGUUAUCACACUUGCCCAAACAACAGCAAAAGGUACCAUUGAACAAUAUGUUGAAAAAGGACUGAAGAGUGAGAGAACGAAGGAGAAACUGAAAGCUGCAGAAAACAACAGAUAUAUAGCCUACGCGCAACUGGACAAGAAAUCUGGAGAAGACGUGGGCGAACGGUCAAGGUCACAUGCUGUAAAAGUCCAGAAACAAAGGGCAGCUGGCACCCUUCUCGACAUAAGAGUCCUGUCAGAAACAACUGGCACCAAGAUGGUUAUCCUAACACCAGACAAGCAUGGCAGGCUCACCAAAUUUCAGGUGCUGAACCCAAGCACUAAACCCGCAAGUCAAACUGUCACACUCGUCUACCGACCAAAGAGUGCCGGACACCCAGAGGGCCAUUAUGACGUGCUCAUCAAUAACCAGACCGUGCCAGUCUCUGGCGCAGGCGAGGGCUGCCUGUAUCACGCUAUUGCACGUGGACGGAAACCAGAAGCCAAUGAAAAAGACAUCGGUUUAGAGGCCAGCCGUCUCAGAACCAUGGAGGCCAGCGCUCUUGUGGACAACUCUGCCCGGUGGGAGCCAUUUGUCAAGCGCAAAGAGUGGACAGAUGAAAUCCGCGGAGGGGACCUGUUCAUGGCUGCGGGACCUCAAACAAAAUCAACUGUGAUAAAAAUCCUUAAAGAACAGGCGACACAGACACCCAGAGGAGCAUUGAUAUGACAGCCUCAUCUUUUUCAGACACCUAGAGGAGCAUUGAUAUGACAGCCUCGUCUUUUUCAAAAACCCAGAGGAGCAUUGACAUGACAGCCUCGUCUUUUUCAAACACCCAGAGGAGCAUUGAUAUGACAGCCUCAUCUUUUU